AUGCAAUUGCCAUCACAACAAGUUGGAGUAUACACUUACUACUCUGAUUAAUUUGAACCCUAGUGUCCUCUAUGUCAAUCUGGAGAACAUUCUUCAUAAACAGAAUCUAAUUUUGUUUAGCAAACUCAUGCAAUGGCAGGAUAAUAAGUUCGAGGAAGAGUUGUGUAUACUACUCCCGAGAGAAUAGUCUCUCAAAAAGUAAUAGAAGGUGUUGCUUUAUCACCUAUGUAAUUAAGGCAACAAUAAGCAAUAACUCCUCCUAGAGUAAUGCCAAUAGCUCCUUAAGUCAUCAAUACCCCCCCAAUAAUUUAGUAGAAAUCACCAAUAUUGGUUCAGCAGUCCCCAGUGAUUUUCUAGCAAGCUCCUGUUCAACAGUAACAAUCUCCUAUCGCUAUCAAUUCUCAAUCUAAUGUCAUACAGUAGGCAAUUUACUAAUAACAAAUUCCACCUAUUUAAUAGUAAUAUCAAUUUCAACCUUAAAUUUAACAAGCUCAAAUCAAUUAAACAAACAUUAGCGCAUAAUUAAAUUAAUAACUGUAAUAAUCUCAGCUAGUCUAACAAGAAUUACUAUUGAAAUAAAAAGAAUGGGCUGAAAAGUAUUAUAAACAAACUGAGGAAAUGCAACAACACAAUUUAGCCUAUUCGUAAUUACAAGCCUAAUACUAAGAGUAAAUGGAACAAUAUGAAGCGUUGAAAUAAGCCUACUCUCUAUAAACUCAAUAUUCAGCUUAAAAUUUUAUUCCAUCAUUCUUAUAAACUGUUUAAUAUAAGGUAGUAAACAAAGAUGGGAAAUCCUAAUACAGUUAGGAGGAAAUUGAGCUAUAUUGGAGACAUCAAGUUUUUCAAUUAGAAUAGAAAAUGUAUUAAUUAUGGGAGAAAAUUAAUGAAAAAAAACAAAGGAAGGAUUUGCCUACGAAAUCAGAAGACACUCAAAAAAUUGAAUAAUUGCAAUUGGAAGUUGGACAUUUAGAACACAUUUAAAGAAUGAAAAUGAAUUCUGUAGUAAUUCUGAGAAAUAAACUGAAUGAUCUCAUGUACUAACAUGAUCCAGCUACAGAAGCUACGAGAGAAUAUGAUUUAUAAUUAUAACAACUCAGAUAAAAAGUGAUGCAAUUGAAUUCGAGAAUAACUGAUAUCCAGGACGAAACAUAAAUGGCAGAAGCUUAGAAUGAAGCAAUCAGGAGUGGAAAAGGAUUUAAAUUUGUUUCUGUCAAAUAAACUACUAGCUAAGUUCGAUAAGUUACAAACUCUGUAAGAUCUAAUUAGGUUUAAGAUUAUUAAGUUUCUUGAUUAUAAUGAUAUUUAAUAUUAAUUACAAUUAUUGCUUAAUUUUAGGUCUUA